UCCAAAGGAAGAAAUAAGCUUUUUGACGAGAAGGGAGUGUUUGGUAGAGUAUGCAGACAUGAAUACCCAAGGGGAUUUAUGAGUAUCAAACAUGGAGAAAGGAUAGCAUAUUCAGUGUAUGAGGUUAAAAAGCUUCUGUGUCAUUAUGAUGAGGAUACUGAUGUUAAAAUAAUGUAUGACAUUGCAUGUACUUUGUCUGCCCACCUAAAGAAAAACGAAGAGCAUACCAUUCUUGGACGCAUUGACUUGGCAAUUCCUGUUUUCCAUGCAUAUGGACAUAAAUCUUCUUGCCAGGUUGCUUUUGGUCCUAGAAGAAAGGAGGGAUUUGGCCUUACUGACGGUGAAGGAAUUGAAAGACUUUGGUCUUACCUCAGAGGAUUUUCGUCAAUGACAAAGGAAAUGACAGCUGGUCGAAGGGUUGAGGUAUUGACAGAUGCGCUUCUUCACCAUGCAAGACAUCGUCUUCUACAGUUUGGUCCGGCAUUGUUGUCUAAAAUGCAAAAAACAAAGAAACUAAUGGAAAACUCAGUAGUACAGUUGGAGGAGAUCUUUUCAGAUUUAAAAGUUUCCUAUGGUACUGAUGUAAUUAACUCUUGGAUGAAAGCAGAAGAGAAUAUGUUGUUAACGAGAGGCAAGAGAAAACCAUCGCCCAUGUCGUGGGAGGCUAAAUACGUACAUAACUUAGUUUUCUUGCAGGAACUGAGACAAGGCAUUGCUUCAACAGAAGCUGAAAAUCAUGAAACCAUAAACGAGCUUGUAAAGAGGAAGAAAGCGAUUUUAAAAAUUGUCAUGGGAAUUGAAAAAAGCUACAAGGUUCACCCAAGAUGGAGAAUAGGCGAGGAGAAAUUCAACGUGGCAGCAUUGUCUGUUCUUCGGGAUAGGCGAAACCAAGCAUUAGAAAAAUUAUACUCACUUGCAGUCGAACACGGCCAAGCAAUUGCAGAGAAAGUUUCUAAGCAGAUAACACAAAGGACGAAUUCUGCUAAAGUAGUUGUUGAAAAGUACAACGCUAGCCUUGCUGCUUGGAAAGACAAUGUAACUGGGUUGCCAGAAGAGCUAGAGUUUGACAAGGUAAAAGAUCCAGAAUCCGACCUAUAUAAGGAUUUCAGAGAAAGCACUUUGAGUGAGGAUCAAGUUCAAUAUUCUGUGAAGAAAAGCGCAAUAGAUUUGCAUAAUUUCAUCGAAAGAUGCAAGGAGGAAACAAACAGUUCAGAUGACGAGGUUGAAGAUGAAUCUGAAAUGGAUUUCUAA